AUGGCAAAUGACCAUACAGCUACUUUGUAAGUACUGAUCGUUUGGGCAACUAUGGCAGUUCUUUACUUAGCAAUGCUUUAAUGAAAAUCCUCUGAAUGAGUUACUGAUGUUGGCUAUGUGCUUGUCUCUGCAGGUUUAACUUCACCCAUAAGAAGCAGUCUGGUGGUUCUGGGCAGUACGGUAAAGUGAUAGGAGUUCUGGAACCUCUGGACCAAGAGAACUACACAAAAGUGGAGUUUGAAGACCAGACUGUCGGAACCAACAUCCCCAAACAGUUUGUGCCGGCUAUUGAGAAGGUACGCAUGUCUGGCUGUAGUCUGAAAAUCAAAUAGGCCCUUGAGUAAGUGUAAUUAUGAUAUUUAUUUUUUUAAUCCUGUAGCUUAUUCAGAUAAGAGUUCUACUAGAAUUUCUCUCAUACCCCAAGGGUGGGCAAACUUUUUGGCUCGAGGACCACAUCGGGAUUUCGAAAUUCAACAGAGGGCUGCAUAUAUUUUUAUUCUAGUUUCAAAAUCAAUUUGUGGGCUACAAAAAGGGCACUCAUUUGAAAAUAUAUAGGUUCAUUUUAACGUCUACAUUUCUUUUACUCAAACCUCCCCUGGGCCGGAUUGAAUGGGCCUGCGGACCGUAGUUUGCCCACCGCUGUCUUACUCUUUCUCCAUCUCCUCACUCAUCCCCCUCUCCUGCAGGGAUUCAGAGAGGCCUGUGAGAAAGGCCCUCUGACUGGUCACAAGAGCUCAGGCAUCAAGUUCCUAUUGGAAGAUGGAGCGCAUCACAUGGUGGACUCGAAUGAGAUCUCCUUCAUCCGUGCAGGGGAGGGCGGUGGGUGUCAACCAACCAGAAUACACCCCCGUUGUUCUCGCAUAUUUUUCCCUCUAUACCUUUUCUGUGCUUCUCAGCUUUUUGACAAACCUACUGAAUGUGUCCUCUCCUUCCAUCCAUGUCCCUCUUUUGGUAGCCAUGGAGAAGGCCAACGUUGCCGUGCUGGAGACAAUCAUGUCAGUAGAAAUUGUGGCGCCCGAUGAGUUCCAAGGGACAGUCAUCGCCGGGGUCAACCGUCGCCAUGGCGUCAUCAGUGGGCAGGAUGGGGCGGAGGGCUACUUUACGUUGUAUGCUGAUGUGAGUGCAGCUCUGUCCUACUCAUACUUCCUAUGCUUUUUUCUUUCUGCAAAGACAGGAUAGGUUAAACGUCUGUCCAGUCACUAUGUAUUUGAUGGUUAAUCUCCAUUUCCUCUCCCCAGAUUCCACUGAAUGACAUGUUUGGCUACGCCACAGAGCUCCGGUCCUGUACAGAGGUAAGGCACUGGCUGCUCUAGUUGGAUAUCAAGCCAUACAUUUUCAAUGAUAUUGAAUUGAGUUUGUAUUAGCUAAUUUUUUUCAGUUAAUUUCUUUGUACCAAAGUCAUUUCUCAGUCUAUGAUCCUUUCUAUAUGUGUGUUGUGUCCAGGGGAAAGAAGAGUACACCAUGGAGUACAGCAGAUACCAGCCCUGUCUGCCUGGCACUCAGGAGGAGCUCAUCAACAAAUACCUGGAGUCAACGGGACAGCUGCCUGCCAAGAAGGGGAAGUGGAAGAACUGAGCGUGAACAACACACACGCACAAUCACUGAAUUGUAAACACAUUGCAGUACUGCAAUGGAAUGCUCAACAAACACACACAAACAUACAAAGUGCUCAACUGUAAACAUACUGGGCUCUGCCUUACCAAGGUAGGUGUAAUAUAUCGUA